GUUGCCAGGAGGUCUGACAGCCGGGCCAAUUGCCCUGCGUGUGGACCGCGGCCCGAGAAUAGCAGCCCUGAGGCCCCGGGCGCAGUGUCCCCACGGCCGGCCGGUGGUCAGGACGCCCUUCCGCCUGGUGCACUCCUCAGGGGUCAGCGUCCUGUGAGGCUCAUUAUGAAGAGGCGUCUGGCUCUGAUCAGCCUGACCUUCCUGUCCGUGCUCCGAGCUGGGCGUCCUCAGCAGACGGCGGACGACGCCUGCUCUGUGCAGAUUCUUGUCCCCGGCCUCAAAGGGGAUGCUGGCGAGAAGGGGGACAAAGGCGCACCGGGACGGCCUGGAAGAGUCGGCCCCACGGGAGACAAAGGAGACGUGGGUGACAAAGGACAGAAAGGCGUUGUGGGCCGCCAUGGAAAAAUUGGUCCCAUUGGUUCUAAAGGUGAAAAGGGAGAUUCUGGUGACAUAGGACCCCCUGGCCCCAGUGGAGAACCAGGCAUCCCGUGUGAGUGCAGCCAGCUGAGGAAGGCCAUCGGGGAGAUGGACAACCAGGUCACCCAGCUGACGGCAGAGUUAAAGUUCAUCAAGAACGCUGUUGCCGGCGUGCGCGAGACGGAUCAGAAGAUCUACCUGCUGGUGAAGGAGGAGAAGCGCUACGUGGACGCGCAGCUGGCCUGCCAGGGCCGCGGCGGCACCCUGGGCAUGCCCAAGGACGAGGCCGAGCCAGUCACCAGGUCCAACCUGCACUCGGGGACGGGUUUCCUGGAGGCGGGACCACCGGGGGCCAUUCCAGAGCUGCCGGCCACAGUCACCAUGGUUCUUUUUGUGCAUCAGAAUCCCUAG